AAAAGCUAUACUCUAGAUUUGGAUGGUUGCUGGUUGAUACAAGUUGAUGAGAGAAUACUGCCAACAUCAUAGCAGAAUGAAAUUCUUCCUGCUGCUUUCCCUCAUUGGGCUCUGCUGGGCCCAAUAUGACCCACAUACUUUUUAUGGACGGUCUUCUAUUGUCCAUUUGUUCGAGUGGCGCUGGGUUGAUAUUGCUAAGGAGUGUGAGCGAUAUUUAGCUCCUAAUGGAUUUGGAGGCGUGCAGGUUUCUCCACCCAAUGAAAAUAUUGUGGUCAACAGUCCUUUUAGACCAUGGUGGGAAAGAUAUCAACCAAUUAGCUACAAAAUAUGCUCCAGGUCUGGAAAUGAGGAUGAAUUCAGAGACAUGGUGAACAGAUGCAACAACGUUGGUGUCCGUAUUUAUGUGGAUGCGGUCAUUAAUCACAUGUGUGGGGUUGGGGCUGAAGCUGGACAAAGCAGUACAUGCGGAAGUUAUUUCAACCCAAAUAACAGGGACUUUCCUGGAGUUCCGUAUUCUGGUUUCGACUUUAAUGAUGGGAAAUGUAAAACUGGAAGUGGAGGCAUUGAGAACUACAAUGAUGCUGCUCAGGUCAGAGAUUGUCGUCUGUCUGGCCUUCUGGAUCUUGCACUUGAGAAAGAUUAUGUUCGUACCAAGGUGGCUGAUUACAUGAACCAUCUCAUUGAUAUUGGUGUAGCAGGGUUCAGACUUGAUGCUUCUAAACACAUGUGGCCUGGAGACAUAAAGGCAGUUUUGGACAAACUACAUAAUCUAAAUACAAAAUGGUUCUCCGAAGGAAGCAAACCUUUCAUUUAUCAAGAGGUCAUUGAUCUGGGUGGUGAAGCAGUGUCAAGUAAUGAGUAUUUUGGAAAUGGCCGUGUGACAGAAUUCAAAUAUGGAGCAAAACUGGGCAAAGUUUUGCGCAAGUGGGAUGGAGAAAAGAUGGCCUACUUAAAGAACUGGGGAGAAGGUUGGGGUUUCAUGCCUUCUGACAGAGCCCUUGUCUUUGUGGACAACCAUGACAACCAGCGAGGACAUGGUGCUGGAGGAUCAUCCAUCCUGACUUUCUGGGAUGCUCGACUCUAUAAAAUGGCUGUCGGAUUUAUGUUGGCUCAUCCUUAUGGUUUCACUCGGGUAAUGUCAAGUUUCCAUUGGCCAAGAUAUUUCGAGAAUGGCAAAGAUGUCAAUGACUGGGUUGGACCACCUAAUAACAAUGGAGCAACCAAAGAAGUGACCAUUAACUCAGACAGCACUUGUGGCAAUGACUGGGUCUGUGAACAUCGAUGGCGUCAAAUAAGGAACAUGGUUGCCUUCAGGAAUGUGGUCAAUGGUCAGCCUUUUGCAAACUGGUGGGAUAAUGGCAGCAACCAAGUAGCUUUUGGCAGAGGAAACAAAGGCUUCAUUGUCUUUAACAAUGAUGACUGGGACUUGUCAACAACUCUACAGACUGGUCUUCCUGCUGGCACAUACUGUGAUGUCAUUUCUGGAGACAAAGUCGAUGGCAAUUGCACUGGAAUAAAAGUCUAUGUUGGCAGUGAUGGCAAUGCUUACUUCUCUAUUAGUAACUCUGCUGAAGACCCAUUCAUUGCAAUCCAUGUAGAGUCAAAAAUCUAAAAUUUAAAAUAAACAUAAAUUGAGAGC